AUGGGAAGGCAUCUGGGUGAUCUUAUUCCGAGUUUAUCAUCUUCAUCACCAUCGCCAUCCAUGCCAAAUGGUCAUUGGAUGGCAACCCUCGGAUGCUUGCAUAAUUUAACCAGCCUUUACCUUGAGAGCAACAAACUCAAUGGUAGCAUACCUGGAGAAGUUGGAAUGUUGAGGUCUCUCCUUUUGCUUGAUUUUUCAAAUAACUCCUUAUCUGGUCCUAUCCCCGAAUCCAUUGGAAAUUUAAGCAAAUUGGUGUGGCUUUAUCUAUAUGACAAUAAGCUCUCUGGUUCUAUCCCCGGUCAAAUAGGACAACUUGGAUCUUUGUCCGUAUUGCAGUUGUCAAGUAAUAAUCUCACCGGUUUCAUCCCUGCUUCCAUAGGAAACUUAACAAACUUGUCUAAUCUUGAACUUUAUCGAAACAUGAUUUCUGGCCAAAUCCCUGCUUCCAUGGGAAAAAUGACGAAGCUCAGGGUACUAUCUCUUUUCAGUAAUAAUUUGUCAGGGUCCACUCCUCCAACAUUUAGCAAUCUUACUCAUUUGGAAUCACUACAAUUAUCAUAUAACCAUCUUAGAGGUCAAUUACCCGAGAUUUUAUGCCAUAGUGGACUCCUUGCUUAUCUUGGGGUCACCGACAACAAUUUAACAGGUCAAAUCCCACCAAGCUUGAGAAAUUGCAAAAGUUUAUACAGAGUUAGGCUUGAAGGAAAUCAAUUGACAGGAGAUAUAUCAGAAGCUUUUGGUGUAUAUCCAAAUUUGAAUUAUAUUGCAUUAAGCAAUAACAGGUUUUAUGGUGAACUUUCUCCAAAGUGGGGGCAAUGCCAUAAUCUAACAAGCCUACAAAUCUCCAAUAACAACAUUUCUGGAAAGAUACCACCUGAGUUGGAACAUGCAACUCAAUUACAGGAACUUGAUCUCUCUUCAAAUCAUCUAAUUGGUGAGAUUCCCAAAGAAUUGGGAUCAUUAUCAUCGAUGUUCCGACUUUUGCUAAACGGUAACCAACUUUCAGGCAAAAUUCCAUCAGAGAUUGGAGUUCUUUCAAAUCUAGAACAUCUAAACUUGGCAUCAAACAAUUUAAGUGGACCGGUUCCUAAUCAACUUGGAGAGUGCUCGAAGUUAUUGAACUUGAAUUUGAGCAGGAAUGAACUUGGAGAAAGCAUUCCUUUUUCAUUAAGGUCAAUAUAUGGUUUGCAAAGUCUAGAUUUGAGUCAGAAUUUGAUUGUUGGAGCGAUACCACAACCGCUUGGAAAUUUACAUAUGUUGGAAACAUUGAAUCUUUCUCACAAUAUGCUCAAUGGUUCAAUCCCGGUUGCUUUCAAUGAUUUGCGUAGCUUGACGGUUGUGAAUAUCUCUUACAAUCAAUUAGAAGGGCCGAUUCCCAACCUUAAGGCAUUUCAUGAGGCUUCAUUUGAAGCCUUAAGAAACAAUAAGGACCUCUGUGGUAAUGCCACUGGAUUAAUGCCUUGUGCUCCUAUCACUAGCCGCAAAAUCGGUCAUAGAAAAAGCAGCAGAGUCAUCAUUUUAGUUGUGCUUCCACUCUUUGGUAUGUUGCUUCUGAUACUUACCUUGUUUGGAGGUUUCUUUAUUCUUCGUCAAAAGAAUCGAGCCAGAAAAUCUGAGAUAAGGGAGGCACAACUUGGAGAUAUUUUCACAGUAUUGGGAUAUGGUGGAAGACUACUCUAUGAGAAUAUUAUUGAAGCCACAGAAGAUUUCAGCUCCAACUAUUGCAUCGGUUCAGGAGGAUAUGGAAAUGUUUAUAAAGCUGUGCUACCAAAUGGUCAGGCGGUCGCUGUCAAGAAACUUCACCAACAAGAAGAUAGCAUGCUUAUUAAUAACUUGAAAGCCUUUAGAAGUGAGAUUCAUGCUUUGACAGAAAUAAGGCAUCGUAACAUUGUGAAGCUACAUGGUUUUUGUUCACAUUCAAAGCACUCAUUUCUGGUUUAUGAGUUUGUGGAAAGAGGAAGUUUGAGAAUGAUCUUAAGCCAUAAUGAAGAGGCAGCGGAGUUGGAUUGGAAUAAAAGGCUCAAUGUUGUCAAAGGAUUGGCCAAUGCUUUGUCUUAUAUGCAUCACGACCAUUCACCACCUAUAAUUCAUCGAGACAUUUCUAGCAACAAUGUUCUCUUGGAUUUAGACUAUGAGGCUCAUGUCUCAGAUUUUGGCACAGCUAGAGGGAUCCCGUUGAGCAGUAAGGGCAAGAGAAACUUGUCGCAUGGUAGGCCGGAAUUGAGGGUUGCUAUGCAAUCAUGCGAUAGCCAGCUUGGUAGUAGAGACCGUUUGAGGAUUGCCAUCCAAUGA